CUGCAACAGGUGUUUGACAUGAGACGAACAGGUAAGGGUGUUGUGGACGGUUUCUAUCUGACGCACUGUGGGGCAGACACCCCGUUCCAGUGCCCCCUCAGGGGUGGACAGGGCUUCCAGUGUGCGAGGCUGCUCUGGUCAAACACCUGCAUCUGUGAGGACUACUCUGAGAUGAUGAAGAGUAGAGGACAGGCACAGUGGUUGAGCGUUUGACUCUGGGAUUUGGGCUGAAGGAAUCUACACACUCUCGCUUGCCAGAGUGAGGCGGCAUGGACGCAGUGUACCCUUCCUCCUGACGCAGUCUACCAAUGCAUGGGUGACGUGUCUAGGGACAGACGCUGAAACGUGCGUGUUCUGAGGUUCUCAUGUUAUAAUUAUAAUAAUAAAAAUAUUUAGAUGCCUGGGUCACACACACUCCUAAUUAAGUAUCUGAAGCAACCCUGAACUGUGACUGAGGUAUGAGGGAGGCUCAGGCGCUUUGAGAUCAUGUCUACUGUUAAUGGCGCUGUACAAGUAAACAAAAUCAAACUGAACUGAGUUAAGUGAGUUAAAGUGAGCUGAGGUGUUGGGUUUGGCGGCUGCGCCAUGGCGGACUUGGGCUUCCUGGGUGGCCUGAUCGAGGCCAUGCAGACACACUCUCCUCUGCUGGGACGCCUGUGGCUGCAGAUCAUGCUGGUGUUCCGCAUCGUCAUCCUGGGCACCGUAGCGACUGACCUGUUCGAGGACGAGCAGGAGCAGUUUGAGUGUAACACGGCCCAGCCGGGCUGCAAGCAGGUGUGCUACGACCAGGCCUUCCCCAUCUCGCAGUACCGCUUCUGGGUGUUCCACAUCGUGCUCAUCUCCACUCCCGCCAUGCUCUUCCUCAUGUACGCAAUACACAGACGCACAAAGACCAAGGCCCAGCAACAAGGUGCCAGCAGCGGUGAUGUCCGAGGCCCAGGUGCCAGCAGCGGUGAUGUCCGAGGCCCAGGUGCCAGCAGCGGUGAUGUCCGAGGCAGCAGGUUGUCGCUGGGGAAACGCGGCGUGAAUACCCAGGAGGACCUCAAAGAGCUGCGUCUGUACACGCUGAACGUGGGCUUCCGCUUCCUGGCGGAGGUGGCCUUCCUGGUGGGCCAGUGGGCGCUGUACGGGUUCGGCGUGGCGGCGCAGUACCCCUGCAGCCGCUUCCCCUGCCCCUACACGGUGGACUGCUUCACCUCGCGGCCCAUGGAGAAGACAGUCUUCCUGGUCUUCUACUUCGCCGUGGGGCUGCUGUCCCCCUCUUCAGCCUGGCCGAGCUCGUCCACCUCUACUUCAAGUGGAUGCGCCUGAGGAGGACGCUGAGACGGAGGGAUGCUGGCCAGGAGAUGGAGGACGCAAGGGGGGA